CAAGGUGAGCAACGUUAGAAUAAAUGGCAGGAGUUUACGAACAUAAAUUUAUAUCAAUCUGUAUGGUCUUAGUUUUUAGGAAUAGUCCUAAAAAUGUUUGUCCCCCUCACUUGAAUAUGAACUAGCCUAUUUAGUGUGCAAAUUAAACAUUACAAUUGUUAUUUUGUUAUAUACUACCAAAUAAAAGCAUUAUGUAACACUGAACCAUCUGUAUUUGAAUGUAGGCCUUUCUAAUGUUUCUCUUAACCACUUGUUCUACUUUCCCUUCUGGAAUUAAAACAGCCUGUAAUGAAAGUUUAUACCAACAUGUAAAUUGACUUUGGCUUGGAAUCCAUCAUUAGUAGAAUCCAGCGCCAUAACUAGAGAUAAGGCACACAUCACAUGGCAGAAUCACAACAGACGUUAUGAAUUAUACUAUGUUCAGAUAAUUAGGCAAUGUUAACAAUUAUAAUAAUAUCUCUAUAGACAUACGGGCCUAACGUUUUUAGUGAUGUAUUGUUUAAUUGGCUAACGAUGAUUACCGGUAAGAUAAACAAUUAUUAUAAUAAUGAUAAAAUAGCUAACGUAGCUUAAUAAUAAUAUUGAAUUAAGCCAAUUUCAAAUAGAAUUCUGAAAAGUUAAUUGGCCUACUACUUUACAGAGAACCAGGCCAAUAGCCUAAUAGGCUAUAUUCUUACAGAGUGAGUUACAUUCUUCUUCCAUUCUUUUUUUGUUCAAAAUUACGUAUUUUAUUACUUUUUGUACAAAUUGGGGUUAUAGAUCACGGACGUGAAUUGAUUAAAACAAAUAAUCCUUGAUGUCAUCAUGUUUAUUCAUUCAUCCCAAUAUAGCCUGGCUGUAAUUGUCAAAAAUAGCCAGUUCUUUAGUGAGUAAAUUCUUAAAUGUAUCUUCGUUGCAUUCAGUCGGUGCAAUCUUCUCAACUUUGCAUUUAUUCAAUUUUUUUUGUUGUAGAGGUCUUUGCUGGAAUAUGACCUAUCUUUCUUUGCUCACAGUUUGAGUUAUAACGCAGGACACUUUAUAUGUUCAUUUCCGGUGAGAUGUUGUCGGUCUCGCUUUCUGAGACGUAGCAGGGCUAUGUGCGAGACACCUUCAUCUCGUCAAGGUGACUGAACGGAUGAUGAGAGAGGAUGCCCUUCAAAUUCCGUGAAUCUAAAAUGCCAUGGCCCCUGAUAUUUCUGCUGUGCUGGAGCUAUGUUUUGAAAGCUACACACACAUCCAUUAUCACCCAGACGCCAGGGAGCGUGAUGGUGAAGGCUGGUGAUACAGUGACCUUGAAAUGCUAUUUGGUUGAGCUUAUCACCUACUGCUACCUUGUGAUUUGGAUGAAAGUAGACCCCAGGACUGGAACACUGAUUAAGAUUGAUAACUUAAAGAUUGAUAACGACUCUGAGGAGGGAAAAGGGAAACAGGACAAACUAUGUUCUGCUACAAUCGCCAAAGCAACAGUGAGCGACUCAGGAAUGUACUAUUGUUCAGCUGUUCAAUCCGAAAUGAUCCACACGGGCAAUGGUUCUAGAGUUGUUGUGACAGAGAGAGAGAGAACACAGAACAUCACUGAAUCCCCAGCCAUCAAACUCCUCUCUCCGUCGGACGGUGACGGGUCUGUUGUGUUGACAACUCUACACUACACAGCGGAGUCCUUCAUCCCUCUGCUGUGUUUGGUGUUGAACGUGGUCCCAUCUCAGGUCCACGUGUUCUGGCUCAUAGACGGGAGAGAGGACAGUGGACUAACUUUGUCAACCUGGACAGACAACAAUGAUUCAGCCACAGAGUUCACUAUGAACCAGAUUCUAGUCCAGGCAGAGGAGUGGGACAGAGGGGUGCAGUGUACGUGUGUGGUGGAGUUUGAGGGAAAUUCUAUCAACAAAACCCUGAUAAAGUGCAAUGAUUCCACUGGCAUGUGCACAAUGGUGCUGUAUUGGGCAUCUGCAGCUGCUCUCCUCACCAUUAUAGUGGCUGUCACUGUCGCCGUGUGCCUGUACCGUGGACAUCCCGUGGUUACUGAUGUGGAUACAAGACAAAGAGGCACAGGCCCUGAGAGCAGGCAGCAUCAAUCUGGGAGACUUGGAGAAGCAAGAAAGGCAGUUAGAUCAUCCAUCUCGGAGGUCCAGUAUGCGACUUUGGACCACAUCAAGCUUGGGAGACGCCCAAAUACAAUUAUCCAAUAAUAUUCUGAAGAAGAAAUUGCGUAAGAGUUUUCAGAUUAUUAUGUAUAUAUUUGUGUAUAAAGCAAGAGCAAGUGUCCGCAAUUGCAAAGUGCCCAGAGCCAAUAGCGCGACACAGAGCUCUCUCUUUCUUUUAUGUUGUAAUUCAACUGUGGAAUAGCCUCCCAUUAGUCAUUAAGCUGUCCCAGUCCUAAAAUGUUUUCAAUGGUCAGGUUAGAGCCCUUCCAUGGGAAAACGUGUACAAGCCUACACAGGAAAAUUACUGAAAUAGUCUUGAAUUUUGUAUUGAUGAUGUAUGUUUUGAGGUGUAGGCUAGUUGGCUGCUUAUAGGCCCAUGUGUUUUUCUGUGUAUUUUUUAUUUUUGUUUUACCUUUAUUUAACUAGGCAGGUCAGUUAAGAACAAAUUCUUAUUUUCAAUGACGGCCUAGGAACAGUGGGUUAACUGCCUUGUUCAGGGGCAGAACAACAGAUUUUUUAUCUUGUCCUGGUUUUGUCCUACACUGAGGACCACAUUGGAAAUAAAUGUUCUUAGCUA